AUGCGCGGGGCCCGGGGGCUGCUGCUGGCCCUGCUGCUGGCGCGGCUGGCCGCCUGCAGCCCCGGCACCCCGCCUGGAGCCGCCGCCGCCGAGAUCGCUGCAGGGGCCACGCAUCGGGCUGCUCCCCGAAGCGAGGAGGCGGCCUCGCGCCGAGCCCCCGCUGCCCGCCCGGCCCGGGCCGGCGCCCAGAUGGCCGCCGCCGGGCCCCGCCGCGGCGGCCCUGCUCCGCCGCUCCGCCGCCGCCGCCGCGCCGCCGCCGGCGGCUUCUUCCCCGCCCACCGCUUGCCGCCCGGCGCCUGCGGCCUGCGCGACCCCGGCGCCGCCGACUCGUCCCGGCUCUCCGGCGGCAGCAGGUCUGUGAGUCGAGUGUGUGUGGAAAAAUCACUCAUCUUCAGAAGUAACACCCCUUAUCCUACUGAUACCGUGGCUGUCCCUGGUGGACAUGAUCUGCUGUUCUGUGUGCAGCUGGAUGACUCAAAGCUGAACUAUUUCCAACAGCCGCAGGAUAUCAAAGAAUCUGAUUUUUCAAAGUUCUUAGAGAAGUAUGGCAGACCCUCUUUCUUAGCAGCGUCACAAGUCCAGCCAUCAUUCUCUGCCUUUUACAGGGCUGGUGAUCCAAUCCUAAUCUACUUUGAUUCAUCAUCUGUACUGAGCACGCUUAGACAGCCAGUAAAAAUGGGAGCCAGUGGACUUUGUGUUGAUGGAAAUCCUGCUGGCUUCCUGGACAGUAAAAGCACAAGCUGUACUCGGAUUUUUGCCAACCUGAGCAAGAGCUGCAUUACUGACCCUGCCCUAAAUGCUGCCUCCUACUAUCGUGACUUCACUGUGCUAAAGGUCCCAGUUAAUGACACCAUUGUGCAGUCCAUGAAGGUAAAGGUCACCACAGUCACACCACCUGGAGCUCCCCACAUGAAAAACAACACAUGUUACAAUGUUGUUUCUGAGGUGACCUAUGAGAUAGAAUUCAGUGGCACACAUGGGAUUCAGAGUGUUUCUGUCCGGUUCAAAGUGAGCAACAUCUCUGGAAACUCGGGAUCCUCUCUGCAGCAGCACUUCACUUUGCACUUCUGGACCAGGACUCUUUCUCAUACAUUGCCUAGAAGUGGAAACCCUGGCUAUAUCACUGGAGCACCACUGUUGGUUGCAAACAGUGGUGCCAUGCAGCAUAUGAGCAUUUUACGGAGCGAAGGUGAUGGAAGUUGCUCGCAGUUCUUCAGACACACAGUACAAUUUGGAAGAAAUAUGAGGACAGGCUGCAAGCUCAGCCUAUCUCAAAUACUGGAAGAAAGUAACUGUAGUUACAUCCAGCAGAAGUUAUACAAGGCUCUUCAGGGGAUGAACAGAGCAGAGGACCUUGCUAUAACUGGCAGUGCUCAUUCAACCCAGGCAGAAGAGUGGAUGGCCAUUCUGAUUCAGAACUGCAGUGUGCAGGCUGUGAAUUGCACUUCCUGUUGCGUGGUUCCUGUGACCCUGGAGAUACAGAUAUUGUGGACUAAGGUGGGCCUCCUGUCCAACCCACAAGCUCAAAUACUGGGUGCACGGUACUUUUACCAGUGUCACCCCCUGAAGUUCCUAAGCACAAACACAGUACCUUUGACAACUGUCGUUACCUUCACUGACAUGACGGAAUGGCCGGAACCUCCACGAGGCCAGCCCCAAAUGCACUGGAAACUCCCAUUUGACAUCUUUUUCCCAUUCAAGGUGGCACAGAAUUUGGAAAGAAGUUAUAGAGGUGAUCUGGCUGGCUGUUUUUUCCUGUUUCUAAUAAUGUUUAGUAUUCUCUGUUUUUGAAAAGUCCAAUAGAUGGGGCCUGUACUUAAAAGUUCGGCAAGUGAAUUGCUGCAUUCAGAAUAUGAUUCAGAUCAUAGACUUUUCUCCUCAGGUUCUUAUACUGUGCCUAUGAUAUCUAUGUGCCUUCUGUUCUUGGAUUAACCCAUGUGACUAGCUUCUGUCCCGUGUCCUCUUGUGCCCCUAUUCUCUGUAUGCACCAUGUGCGAGCCUCACUGCAGUGAAACGCUUGAGAUGGUGGGAUCAAGAGAUGUUGCAUUAAUGAGGAACAAGGAGGAGGAUGUUAAAAUGAACAUUCCAUGUUCCCAGAAACUGAGUGCUUUCUAAACCAAGGAGUGUGGAAAGAGGAGCAAAAUUGAAUGCAAGCGUUUUGGAGGUGCUUUCAGUCAUCUUCCUCUUGGAGGAGCACCUAAUUUUUCUACAGGGAACUAACUGAACAUUUAAAAUACAGGAGCCCUCCCAGGCAGCCUGAAUCAUUAUUUUAUGAGUAGACAUGUCUGCCAGUCACCUUUAAGCUGUCCUUGUUACACGACAACCACGCCUCUGUGACAGUUUUUGACUCUUAUUUUUCUAUGUCUUUUUCAAAUACAGAUAUUCAAUUGAAAUUUUUGAGUUUUAAUCACUGUUUACAUUAGCAAGUGUUACACAAAGCAAAGUAAUUGUAAAUGUCCUAUCCUCUGAAAUAGAAUUGAAUUUUAGUUGUUUGUCAAGACAGCUUCCUUCCUGAUCUUUUUUUUUUCUUGAAGAAGCAGGCCCAAAUAUGUUUUUUCCUAGAUAAGAAACAUUCUCUUGUGGCUCCAGAUAGGAACUGGGCUGAUAAUGAUAGCCACUGAAAUUCUAGGUGGCACAUCAGAGAG